ACGAGUGACUGUGAUCUUGGUUACCAAACAUACGAAAUGUUUCUCAUAGUGUGUACAAAUUGCAAACGUUGAUUAGACCACUCGUAAUGCGCAAGUCGCUUAAUAAAUAUGCAAGUUGUGUUAUCACCGUGUCCUUGCCGCGUAGGUGGGCGAUUAUCACAAUAAGUAGGACAAUUUUGACAGGGAAACUUGGUUAGUCGAACUAUCACAGAGAGCAUAAGCGUACACCUGUUUUUAUGGACACUAGUAAUAAGAGAGGCUUCGGAGAGAAAGGAUGCAUGAAAUUAAGCCUUUGACGUACGUGAAAGUGACCAAAAUAUAAGCGAACAAAAUGAGCUGGCUACGAAGUAGCCCGCUGAGGAAUAGUUUCAGCAAGCAACGAUCGAGAGAUUCACCACCGAAAGACGCUGAUCCUUCGGCGUGCUAUGACAGCUUUUGUAAACACUGGCAGCAAGCUUAUGAAAUUAUCUUGCACACAUUUCCACUCAAGGGAAUACCUAACCAGGAUGAUGUUCUCGCAGUUGUCAAUCACAUAGAUCAUAUGGUAACACUUUUAAUAUUAGAAUUGCGGGAUGCUCGCUCUUACAAUAAAUAUCGGCAAUCUUCAACAGCGACGCAUUCUCCUUGCUUGGAAUAUUUGUUAAGUGAAAACCUUCUUGUUAAACUGUACGACUGGAGCAUACACACUGGAAGAUUUAACAAUGCUGUACGUUUAGAACAAUUAAAACUUUAUGAACUUUUGGUAUCACAUAGUAGUAUUCUUCUUGCCCAUGAACCAGUUGCUAGACCAUUGUUACGAUUACUCGAGGACUGUGCAAAUGAUAUUAUGCCAUUAGAAGUGGUAAAGAAACUGGUAGUGUUAUUAAAUCAAUUAUGCGUCACUUUAAUGCAGAACAUGGCAUUACUUGAUCUAUUUUUUCAACCAACAGCAAUAGGGAAGAACAAGUUUAUUAUUUUUACAUUAUUAAUACCGCACGUACAUAGAGAAGGUGGUGUAGGACAGCAAGCGCGUGAUGCUAUGUUACUCUGUAUGUCUCUUUCCAAGCGAAAUGAUGAAGUCGGAGUAUAUAUUGCCGAUCAUUCUAAUAUAUGUCCCGUAUUAGCAACAGGUUUGAGUGGACUGUAUUCACUACUGCCUAGGAAAUUAGAUAUCGAAACAGAUGAUUGGCAUCGAUUGACACCAGAUGAUGUUAAUGAUUUACCAGCAUUAAUGCAUUUAAUGAAUUCUUUGGAAUUCUGUAAUGCUGUUGCACAAGUUGCACAUCCUUUGGUACAAAAACAAUUAUUAGAGUUUUUAUACCAUGGGUUUUUGGUACCUGUAAUGGGACCGGCUUUGUUACAGACAACUGUGGAUGAAUUAGUUGCAGCAACAGCAUACUUCGAUCUGUUUUUACGAUCCGUAACUGAACCUGGUCUUUUACGUUCACUUGUGCGAUUUUUACUUGAAGAUAAUUACGACGAGUGCAGAAUAUUGGACAGUCUUAUUCAAAGGAUAUCUUCCAGAUCAAGGUUAUGCAUAGUAACCCUGGCGCUGUUUGAAACUUUGGUCAACUUGAAUUGCGAAGAUGUUAUGUUAGAAUUAUGCUUAGCUGCACUGAGUCCUUGUUCCCACGUGAUGCUUUCUCAGCGUAGAAGAUUAAGAGAUAUAGAUCCCUUUGGACGUGCCGCCGAAAAAUUUUUAUCUUUGACGCCAAGCUGUUGUUCGCCGCUUGCAUCCGGAAAUUCUCAAUUCAAUUCUUUACCCAAUAACACGACACAAGAAAAGAAUUCGAAUGUUACAUCCGAGUCUUUCAAGUCGUUGUCUACGUCCAUAAAUUACGGCACACGAAUCACAGAUAGUUUGUACGGGAAUUAUCAUGCGUAUUUAUGCGAUGCGCGACAGAAAAUCAGAGCUUGCCGAAUCGCGUGUUCGAACUGGUUAUAUCAAUACAACGGAGAGUUACCAAAAGACAGCACGACCAGCAGUGCGACAACUCUGAUAGACGACAACGCGUUAGUAGAUAAGUCCCAAAAGAAAAUUGAAACAACUAAACGGCUGUCGUUAGAAACGUUGAAACAGCCAGCAGUGAACAAUGAGAUUAACGAAAAUUCGUCGAUAGACAACAUUUUAUUUAACAUUCAGUCUUUGUUAGAUGGAAAGGAGUCGAACAACAUGGAAAAAGUUGAGAAAAUGGAAUCGGAAAUCACAGGCUUGGAGUUAUCAUUAGAGGAACAAGCGAAAUUGGACGCAGAUAUCGCUGAAUUGUUAAGCGAAGACAUAGGACUAUCAGAAUCUACCAAGGAAAUUUUAUUAACAGACAAAAAGGAACCUGAUAGCGGCACUGAUGAUUCUAAUACAGCAAUGAACUCACUUUUGUCGUUAGGUGAAAGUAGUGGAUACGAAAGUUUUGCAUUUAAGGGUUCAUCGGAGUCAACUCCGGACAAUGAGUCCAGCGAAGAUCGAAUGAGUGAACAGGAUAAAGUAGAAACAGAAUUGACUAAAGAGCAUGGUAUACUACUCCACAGUAUCAUGGAACCGAGUUCGAUCACACCGGAAGAAUUAACAGCAACUAAACACAGUAAAGAUGUAUAUCGUCAAGAUGUAUUUAAUGGACAGCCUAAUGUCGGUAUAUUUUUGGAUGUUCUGCUAAGGAAGCUCGAGUGCAUGACAAGUAAUAAUUUAUAUGUCAACUUACAUUUAACUGGUCUUAUUAGUAGAUUGGCGAUAUACCCUCAGCCAUUGUUACAAUCGUUUCUUUUAAAUCAUUCCUUGGUUUUUCAACCCAGUAUUCGAUCGCUUUUUCAGGUACUUGCAUCAUUGAAACAUAAAAUAGAUCAGUUUCUUUCUGAGCAUAAUAACGUGGAUGUAUUAGUAGAACAAGCGCGACUGUUUCUGAUUAGUCGUGAGGAUAAAUUAGUGAAUGCUAGAAAAAAUGCAUUGGAGGCUGCCGCCCAGACUGCACCUGUUAAGAGAAAUUCUUUAACCGGUGAACCAUUCUCAAGAGGUGAAAGCAAGAGAUGGAGUUUUACAUCGUCUUUUACACAAAUGCUUAGAAGAUCAAGCGUUAACUCUGGUACAAGUAGUUUAGUCAAUACGAAUAAUCAACCGACCGGUGUAUCAGAGGAUCAGUUAGAAGCUAUUGCACAUGGUUCCAGAUACCGGUAUUAUACGAAAACGUCCUGGGAGUCUCCAAACGAAGUAAGUCCAGUACAAAAUGUGGUCUUAUGUGCAGUUAUAUUAGACGAAUGGCUAAAAGAAUUAGCCGCGAUUACACAGGAACAUGCCAUUAUGUCCUUCACAGAUAGCUUGGAGUCAAAAGUAUAAUAUGUAAGAUGAUCACGUUUAUAAAUUAAA